GCACAAUCUGACGCCUGCCAGAGGGGGGAACGUCCAUUCAUUACACAAGAAGCAUUAAUCAAAGUUUAUUGAAAGCGUGGGCUCAUAAAUUUUACUUUACAAGGAUACCAUCAUUGUCAUUCAAAUCAAGAAGUUGAGAAAAAAAAACAUGAGAAGUGUGGAUAUUUUUCAUUUGUUUAUAUGGAUGAUCUGCCUUACUACUUUCUGUGGAAUCUUUGCAACCACUGAACUGCCCACUACAAGAACUACUGUUGCCAAGAAAAAAGAUUUUAAUGAUAUCGAGAGCAAAUUUGCCCUUCGAACUCCUGAGGAAGUCGAUGAAGACAAUUGUUAUCUAGUACCCGGACAAGAACACACUGUUAAUCAAUGCAAUUUCAACCACACAAGCAAAACAUUUGUUGUCAUUCAUGGUUGGACGGUGACGGGCAUGUAUGAGAGCUGGGUUCCCAAGCUGGUAGGAGCACUGUAUAAAAGAGAGCCUUAUUCCAAUGUUGUUGUUGUAGACUGGCUAGCCCGAUCCCAGCAACACUAUCCGGUUUCAGCAGAAUACACUAAGUUUGUUGGCCAAGAUGUAGCGACUUUCAUUGAUUGGAUCGAUGAAAAGUUCAAUUAUCCAGUAGACAACAUUCAUAUUUUGGGAUACAGCCUUGGUGCACAUGCAGCAGGAGUUGCUGGAAGUCUUACAAAUAAAAAAGUGAACAGAAUAACAGGUUUGGAUCCUGCUGGACCUACCUUUGAGUAUGCUGAAAAUGAUGUAACUCUGUCUCCCGAUGAUGCGGAAUUUGUUGAUGUUCUACACACUUAUACAAGGGGAUCUCCUGAUCGCAGUAUAGGGAUUCAAAAGCCAGUGGGGCAUAUUGAUAUCUAUCCAAAUGGAGGAAGCUUUCAGCCAGGCUGCAAUAUUGGGGAGGCACUACGUCUUAUUGCAGAAAAGGGAUUUGCAGAUAUGGACCAACUUGUCAAAUGUUCCCAUGAACGUUCCAUUCACCUGUUUAUCGACUCUCUUCUGUACGAAGAGAAGUCAAGCAUGGCCUACCGAUGCAAUUCAAAGGAGGCCUUCGAUAAGGGACUAUGUUUGAGCUGCAGAAAGAAUCGCUGUAACACAUUGGGAUAUAAGGUGAACAAAGUACGGGGAAAGAGGUCCAGCAAGAUGUUUUUGAAAACAAGAGCGCAGAUGCCUUUCAAAGUAUUUCACUAUCAAGUUAAAGUACAUUUCUCUGGACAAAAGGACUUAACGGUCACCAACCAACCCUUGCUGAUUUCUUUGUAUGGAACAAAAGGAGAAAGUGAGAACAUCGCAAUCGCAUUGCCUGAGAUUUCUACCAACAAAACCUUUUCAUUUUUAGUUUACAUUGAACAAGAUAUAGGAGAACUUCUGAUGUUGAAAAUAAAAUGGGAAAAAGACUCCUAUUUUAGCUGGUCAAAUUGGUUCACUACCUAUUCAUACAAUAUUAGAAAAAUCCGUGUAAAAUCAGGAGAAUAUCAGAAAAAGUUAAUUUUCUGUUCCAAGGAGGGCAACCAUGCCUCUCUGAUAAGGGGCAAAAACUCUGUAGAGUUUGUCAAAUGCAAUCAGCACUCCUUUACAAAGAAAAAAGCUUUGAUGUGAAAUUAUUGUGCACUCCUAUUGACGUUAGUCAAUAACAUUGAAGGUGUCGAGAAAAAGAAAAGCGUUAUUCAGAACUGGAACUGCAUACACGGCACACGGCAUUUAAAAUAGUUACUAUAUAUAGCUAUUAUUAAGAAAGACUAUAUUAUAUGUAUUUAGAGGUAGAGAGAGAAAAUGUUACAUAAGUUAGAUUUUAUCGCUCUCUCUUUACUGAGAAUGUGGAGUGCGGGAGUGCUGCUAGAUUGAAGUGGCUUUCAAUUUUCUGGAUUGUACACCCACAUACCUCGCAAACUCCCCCACCCCCUCCCCACACUGAAUAUUCUGUUUUGAGUGCCUCUGGUUUCUUUUAUAUAUGUUUUAUAAUGUGUUUUCUCAGUUAUGUUAUGUUGAAUGAAUGAUUGCAUCUUUAAAGAUGUUUAUUUAUAGUUACAGGGAUUGGUACAAAGUUAAAUAACUGAGAAAAUUGAUAAAUAACAACUCAGAGUGUGUUUUAAAACAAAAUCUAUAAUUGCGAAAGGAGCCGAAUGCUGUGGAUUGUAAAUAUGUUGUGAAUAUAUUAUACAGCCAAAAUGGAUUACCGAAAGUUGCAUAAUUUAGCCGUACGUGCACUAAAGUUCAACAUUGAUUGAAUUUUUUUAAAUGAUGACUUGAAACAACACAGUACUAAGUAACUAUUUUUAGAGCAAUAUCUGUUGUGAUGCCUGGGCACUGAAACAAUAUCUUAUUCUGCAAAGUGUCCCCAAUUAUUAGAACAGUUUUAUUCUCCCAUAAAAAAUGCAGUCAACAAAAAAACUAAUCUUAUCCCCUUUAAGACAGAACUUCAGAAAUAAAAGGCAAUCAUGACCGAAAAAUUCCGUCACGUGCCCUUAAGGGGUUAUGCAAAGUUUGGUUUGUUUAAGAAAAACAAAAAACAUAACUACAAUUAUAAACUACAAUGCACCUAAAAGCUUGAUUGUAUUUGUAAAUAUAAAUGUUUGUUACCUACACAGCUUGGCCAUUUUAUCGUACAGUAAGUAGCUUAUUCAUUACAGUGAAGAAUUCAUAGAAGAAUUGAAUUUUUUAGGCACAAAUAGCGGAAUAGGGAUUUUUUUACAGUUACGCAUUUUGGAAUUCCUUUGUCAAUUUCCUACAGUUAUAAGCACAGGCUACAAUUUAAUAUUUUUGGAAAAACUUAAAAUGAUCCAAUAUUUAAAAAAAAUAUUUG